AUGCCCGGGUCGGGUUGGCCGCGAGGUGUUCCCGAGAUCCUGAACAAAGAAAAUCAUAGCAACCCACCUCCCGAACGGCCCAUAACAAAAUCCACGACCUUCUCUCCCUGCCUCGACCACAAUAAAAAACAUGCCGUGACCGGCCUUCCUCCUGCCGCCGCGGGCCGGCCUCCCACCCGCCGCAGCCACGCCCAGAGUCCACCUGCCGCCGCGCCCUGCCUUCCCGCCGCCGCCACCGCACCCUGCCUCCACCUGCACCUUCAACCUCUGCUCCCGACUCCCCUGCAAGCCGCAACCUUCCACAUCUGGCAGGAGCUCCGGUCGCCGCGCCACCCCCGCCCCGAGAACCGGCAGCCGCGCCGCCCCCGCCCAGGGAUCUGGCCGCUGCACCGCCCCCGCCCAGGAUCUGGCCACUGCGCCAACCCUGGCUCGGGAUCCGGCCGCCGCUCCACCGCCGCCUGCAGAUCCGGCCGCCGCGACGGCUGGCUCCUCCGAUGCGCCGCCCCUGUGGUCGGCUGGCUCAUCCUGUGCGCCACCGAAAGGCCUGCGUUCCUGCACGACGCCGCUGUAGGAGGCCAACGCAUGCAACAGCAGGUCGCCAUGGCCACUCACCUUGCGUCGUUCUGUCCUCGUUCCCGGCCGCCCGAAGUUCCACUUCUCCCCGAGCAGCAAGUCCACUAUGGAAGAGGAUGCAGCUUCUGCUGUCAGCCAUUGCUAGUUGUUGUGGAUACGCCUUGCCCCGCCCUCUGGCUUCUGCUAGUGGCAGUCGUCCUUCUCACUAGGACCACCUUGACCUUCCCAAAGGAAGGUUCUUUGCAGCACCAGUCGGAACAUGGCCGCGCAUGCAGGCACAAUAGAAGAGGUGUGGAGGAGGUGCGUGGGAUCCCGACGGCGCCUCUUGCUCAUGCAGGUGCAACGCGUAUGGUGUGGCCGUGCCGCUUGUGAAGUCCGGUGUGGCCAGCCUCUUCAGUUCGAUGUGUGGGAGGCGAGCUACUACUGCACUUUGUCUGCUCGACGGCUGCUGCUGUGGCUGUACUUGGAUGGCUGCUACUAUGGCUGAACGUCUGUGUGUGUUUUCGACAACUCAUUUUUACAGUUUGUGCUAAUGAAACAUUUGUCCAGGUUCUCUUCUGUAUUGUUUCAAGCUACUUGGUGGAUAAGUAAGUGGUAUACAAGAAAGUGUGUGCUAGAAAUAUUGUUGAUUGUCAUUUGGCCGUUUCUUGUACUAGAACAUCAGGUGCUUGUGCUAAUGUC